AAACCAGGCGGAGAGAGAGAGAGAGAGAGGGAGGAGACAGGGAGAGAGACACAGAGAGAGGAGAAAAUAAAGGGCAGCUUCCCUAAAGACUCUCUCUUUCUCUCUUGUCAGUUGUCAUCAUUCAUCUCUCAUUUCUUUCUCUCUCCCUCUGAUUCAUAGUUUCAUACAACCGCAACUCUCUCUCUGUCACACAUUUGUUUCGCCACCAUGAUCUCCUCCGUUAGAUGCACCUUCCUCUGCAACUCUGGAAUAGUUGGGUGGUCUUCUUGCAGCAACUUCACUGGUUCAAAUAGAAGGAAUUCAGGUCCUUCGAGGGUGUUGUGUUCAGCUAAAAGCAGUACCAGGAAACACGGCAGCGUUGUGAUGGAGAAUGAGGCAUCGCUGAAAGAGGUUAGUAACGAUUCCACGGUGGCCGAUGUGGACGACAACCAAACCUCCGCCGGCGGCGUUCAGGAUGUCUACGGUGAAGAUAGGGCCACGGAGGAUCAGUUUUUUACUCCAUGGAGUGUCUCUGUUGCUAGUGGGUAUACUUUGUUGAGAGAUCCACACUUCAAUAAAGGGCUGGCCUUCAAUGAAAAAGAGAGAGACGCUCACUACCUGCGUGGUCUUCUUCCCCCAUCAGUUAUUCCUCAAGAAACUCAGGUGAAGAAAAUGAUCCAACAUAUACGCCAGUAUCAAGUUCCAUUGCAGAAGUACGUGGCAAUGAUGGAUCUUCAGGAGAGAAAUGAAAGGCUGUUUUACAAGCUUCUAAUUGAUCAUGUUGAGGAGUUACUCCCUGUUGUCUAUACUCCAACUGUUGGUGAAGCUUGCCAGAAAUAUGGGAGCAUCUUCAUGUAUCCUCAGGGUCUUUAUAUAAGUUUGAAAGAGAAAGGGAGGAUUCUUGAAGUACUAAGGAAUUGGCCUGAGAAGAACAUUCAAGUCAUUGUUGUAACUGAUGGAGAGCGGAUACUGGGUCUUGGGGAUCUUGGUUGUCAGGGGAUGGGAAUACCAGUGGGAAAACUUUCUUUAUACACUGCACUUGGAGGAGUUCGUCCUUCUUCUUGCUUGCCUAUUACCAUUGAUGUGGGUACAAACAAUGAGAAGCUGAUGAAUGAUGAAUUAUAUAUAGGGCUCAAGCAUAGACGAGCAACUGGGAAGGAAUAUGCUGAACUUCUACAUGAAUUUAUGACUGCAGUGAAGCAAAACUAUGGAGAAAAAAUCCUCGUUCAGUUUGAAGACUUUGCAAACCACAAUGCUUUUGAUCUACUUGAAAAAUAUAGGUCAACUCAUCUUGUUUUUAAUGAUGAUAUUCAGGGAACAGCAUCAGUGGUCCUUGCAGGACUAGUUUCAGCUCUGAAGUUGGUUGGGGGAAGCUUAGCUGACCAUAGGUUCUUAUUCCUUGGUGCUGGAGAGGCUGGCACUGGAAUAGCUGAACUCAUUGCACUUGAAAUAUCAAAACGGACAAAUGCCCCACUGGAUGAAGUGCGCAAGAAUAUAUGGUUGGUGGACUCAAAGGGUUUGAUUGUGAGUUCCCGUAUAGAAUCACUCCAACAUUUUAAGAAGCCCUGGGCUCAUGAACAUGAACCUGUUAAGGAACUUGUAGAUGCUGUUAAUCAAAUUAAGCCAACAGUGUUGAUAGGAACAUCAGGACAAGGGAGCACUUUUACUAAAGAAGUGGUUGAGAGUAUGGCCUCCAUUAAUGAGACACCUAUUAUUCUUGCUCUUUCCAACCCAACAUCACAAUCCGAAUGUACUGCUGAAGAAGCUUAUACAUGGACCCAGGGACGUGCCAUUUUUGCUAGUGGGAGCCCAUUUGCCCCUGUUGAAUAUGAUGGAAAAAUGUUUGUGCCUGGCCAGGCCAAUAAUGCAUACAUUUUUCCUGGAUUCGGUCUUGGUUUAAUAAUGUCUGGGACCAUCCGAGUACAUGAUGACCUGCUUCUGGCAGCUUCUGAGGCUUUGGCAUCACAGGUGACCCAAGAGGACUAUGACAAGGGUCUCAUAUACCCACCAUUCACCAACAUCAGAAAGAUUUCAGCACACAUAGCUGCCAAUGUGGCUGCUAAGGCCUAUGAACUUGGCCUGGCCACUCGCCUUCCUCAACCAAAAGAUUUGGUGAACUUUGCUGAGAGCUGUAUGUAUACCCCGGCCUAUAGAAGCUACCGGUGAAGUGACAAUAGCCCCCUUUUCAACUUUUAUAUUUUUGGGUUUUUAUCAUAAAAAUCAAUUUUAUUUUAUUUUAUUUUAUUUUUUGUCCCUUUUCAACUGUUGUAAGUUAUUGUAUUUGGGUGGAUAGAAAUUAGGUGCUUGGUAUUAGUGGCAGGUGAACAGUAGUGUAGCUUGAAAUAUUCUCUAUUCUGCUAUAAAUUUUAUGUGACAACAAUUUAAAUUAGAAAAUGAAGCAUUU